AACGAGAAGUUUCAACUGGGACGGAGGGAGUAAAUAUUAAAAUGCCUCUAGAGAGAAGGGAGAGAAUUCCGGUGACCGGUGUUGACUUCCGAUCAGCAGAAAAACCGGGAACUCAAAUAAAUCAAAGCUAUUUUCAGAGAUCCUCAAAUGCAACAAUAAAAUUCAUGGAAGCAUCAAACAUGAAGGUAUGGCUGGAGCUGUCCUCACCUUCUCUACAGAAGACAUUCGGGACUUUGCAGAGAAAUACAAAUUUGGGAUAAUUGGAAGGUCGGCCAGGGACAUUCCCAACAAGAAGAUUGUUGAAUCCUUACAAAGAGCUCAAUUUGGGGGAUUUAAAGUUAGCCUGCUACGGCAAUUUCAAGUUCUUAUCAACUUCAAUAGGGAAGAGGACUAUGUUCGUUUCCUUAGCAGAAGAACAUGGAGGGUGGAGGAAGACAGACUUUAUCUAGCAAAGUGGUCUCCCUCUUAUUUACGGGCGGAAGACAACCCAGAAACUCUGAUUUGUGUAACAUUCAAGCGGUUGCCUAUACACCUUCAAGAUGUUCGAGCCCUUUUCUCCAUUGCUAGCAUGGUAGGGCGCCCUAUUAUGGUGGAUGAUAGAACUCUGAAUGCAGAGUACCUCAACACUGCAAGAAUUCUUGUUGAUAUCGACUUGUGUUCAACUCCUCCAACUGAAGUUAAGGUCAGAAUUCAAGAGACAGUAUUCUCCUUUCCAGUUGAGUAUCAAAACCUGCCCAAAUAUUGUGGGAAUUGUAAAAGAUUUGGCCACAUUUGUAAAUCUAGAACGCUCCCCGUCAGAAAACUCCCCACCGGCGGGAAAUUAUUAUCAGGGGGACAUACGAAGGGCUCUAAAGAAAGAUGGAGCCAAGUGGGCCGAAAAUCCAAUGCCAAUAAGAAGAGGACAAUAGUUAAAACAAAGACCCAAAUCCAAGGAGAAAAGGUCCAAAUUAAUAAUGGCAAACCCACAUCUGUUUCUAAAACUAGAUGGGGAGAGGGGGGCCCUUCAAAGCUGGCUUCUUCAUCUUGGCAGGUCCAGGGAAUCCGACAGGAGGAUAAGGUUAAUAGGUCUUCUACAGACCUACUUGCGAAGGACCCACCACAGACAUCCUUGCGGAAUACGCCGGCAACUUCUCCAAAGAAUUUCUCGUCGGAAGAAAGUAUUAACCUCACUGAUCUCACAGAGGACUUUUGCAAAGAGGAACAUACUGAAGAUCCUUUCUUUGAUUGCUUGGAAAUUCCACAAAUGGAGGAUAUGCGUGAUCCUAUUUCAAAUAUCUUUGAAAAGGGAAGCAGGGAUGAUAUUUGGGUUCACACGCAGAGGUACAGUUCUGGUGACUUCAUGAGGGAAUGUCUGGAACUGAAAGCUAUUCCAGAAGUCUGUAUGCACUCGGAAACUGAUGACCAGGAAGCCUUUGAUAAGUCUGAAUUAAGGAGCUUGGAUAUAGUUAUUCCUAAGGGAGGUGGACAUGCACUCACUAUCCCCAGAGCUGAACGAAAAUCUAAGGAAAUGCCUUUAAAGCUUUCUGUCCAAACCAGGGGAAUGAAAGCAGCUUUAGCUUCUGCUCAGUGGACGGUUUAUGGGAAACAUACUGAGAAGGAAAGGGAAUCCCUACGGAAUUCAAUGGGGAUGCACAAGCAAGCUGAGGAAAUGUGGAUUAUAGGGGGGGACUUUAAUGUUGUGGCCUCUCUGGUUGAACACAAAGGGAAAGUGAGCCCCUCCACAAAAGGCAUUUUGGAAUUCUCGGAAUGUAUUGAACGUUGUGGGCUUAACAAUCUUGAACCCGUUGGUGGGGUCUUCACUUGGACUGGUAAUAGAAGUCAUGGAAGGCUUUGGAGACGUCUUGAUAGAGCCUUGGUUAAUAACGCUCUCUUGGCCAUGUAUGAUGUGAUCACUCUAUCACAUUUGAGUAGAGCAGGCUCUGACCAUAAGCCCAUCCUUCUUAGUUGCUUCAAUAAUCAAUUCUGGGGUCCUAAGGUUUUCAGAUUUCAGAACUGCUGGCUAACUCAUGAUAACUUCUCUCCACUUAUUAAUGAUUUUUGGAAGACUGAGCCUAACAUUGGGGGCAUGUUUGGCUUUGCGGCUAAGCUCAAGAAACUUAAGAAUGUUCUCAAGGAAUGGAAUAAAACCACUUUUGGGGAUAUCUUCAGCAGCAUUAAUCAAGCAGAAUUGAAGGCCCAAGUAGAACAAGAGAAUUUUGAAAACAGCCCAACUGAGGAGAACAGAUCCAACUCCAACCUUGCAGCAGCCAAUUUACUACUGGCCAGUAAGAGAGAGGUGCUCUUUUGGAAGCAAAAGUCCAACAUCACCUGGCUUAAAGAAGGCCAUGUUAACAACAAGUUCUACCAUGCUUAUGUUAAGGGAAGAAGAGCAAAACUAAGAAUCAAUUCUGUUAUGGAUGAGAACGGAAAGAAGAUUGUCAACCAAGAUGAAAUUGGGGAUAAUGCUGUGGAGCACUUCACAAAGCUUUACCAUUCUGAAGGUAAAAGAAAUCUCUUGAGAUUCAGAUCUAUUCUUAAUGAUUUUCUCGUGGCUUCUGGACAAGAGGUUAACUACAGCAAGAGCAGAUUCUAUGUGCACAGCAAGACGAGGAGUUCCAAAACUACAGAAACCGAGAGAUUGCUGGGCAUUAAAGGAGGAGUCUUGCCUUUUCUGUAUCUGGGGGCACAAAUUACUAAAGGUCAACUGAGGAAAGAGGACUGCUCUCAUAUCCUUAAUCAUUUUGAUAAGCUUAUGAAUACAUGGUAUAGCAAGACCCUUAACCCCAUUGGAAGGCUGAUUCUCAUCAAACACGUACUUUCCUCCAUACCUUUACACCUUAUUUCGCACCAAGAAUUGAUCAUUGCCUUGAUGUCCAUUGUGAUUGAGAAGAGGUUUACCGUUUCAUUUCCGAAGGUCGUGGCUGCAUACUGUUUCCAGGUACACCAAGCAAUCACUCCUGGGAGUAUGUUUCUAAGAUUGCCCUUAAUUGUGUUAGCUUGAGAUCUCAGCUGCCAUUCCAUCAGAAGGGACAUUGAGAAGGCAUGUGAACUUGGAAUCUGAUUAAAUUUUAUGGGAAAGG